GAAUAAGGAAGCUUUCCGGUACGUUUUGACUGAAAUUCAAGACGAAUUUACUUAUGCUAGAAAAAGCAGUCUAUCCGCAAAGGAGAAGUUGGCAGCGUGUUUGAGAUUUUUUGCUGAAGGAAAUUAUCAGCAUGGAGCGGGACGAGAUUUUCAUGUUUCGAUUGCUCAACCAACAUUUUCAAAAGUACUGGCUGAUAUACUCGAAAUAUUGGAACGAAAACUUUGCCCAAAGUGGAUAUCCCUGGAAAUGUCUCCAGAAGAACAGCGUCGUGCCAAACUGAAUUUUUAUCGGAAAUCAGGGAUCCCAGGAGUAAUAAUGUGCGUGGAUGGGACACAUAUUCGAAUCAUUCCGCCUGCGCAAGAUCGCAAUUUGUUUUAUAACCGGAAAGGUUUCUACAGCCUUAAUGUUCUUGUUGUAUGUGAUGAUCAACAAAGGAUUCGUUUUGUCGAUCCGAGCUUCCAGGGAUCUAACCACGACUCUCACAUAUGGCGAGUAAGCCCAGCUCGAGCCUAUUUUGAGCAACAACAUCGAAACGGUGAAGUUAAUACAAAGAUUCUAGGUGAUGCAGGCUAUCCAUCAGAACCGUGGCUAGUAACGCCGUUUAGAGCUGCUGAAGAAGGAAGUGUAGAGAGUGACUUCAACCGUAGACAUGCAUUAGGCAGAAAUAUUGUCGAGAGAACUAUUGGUGUUCUCAAAAAUCGCUUUAGGUGUAUCCUGGGCGCCAGGCAGCUCCAUUAUGCCCCAAAGAAAGCUGCGCAAAUUAUAAAUGUCUGUUGUGCGCUGCACAAUAUAUGUUUGGAGUUUGGUUGUUCUCAGUAAUUUUUGCGAAAUAAACCUUGUUGUUCUAUUAUAUAUAAAGUUGAG